AGGGUAUGUAUGAAGCGCAACCGAAAUGAUGAAAGGCUGCUGAGUCAUCGAUGACGCCCCUCCAUGGAUAACCCGGCAAUGCCCCGCCAACCACCGACCAGCAACACAGAUGCAAAUAAUACCCGGAGCUGGUCAUGUCAUGAUAGCUUCUUCCUCUCCUACAAACUCCUCUGUAGCUUUUCUGCAUUCCCCCAAGGCCCGACAGCGGCCCGGCGCCCAAAAUGUCCACGUAUGGAAUCCCUCCCUCCCGAUCCUCUGCCGUGUUUUGCGCUUUCUGGCCGCUUGUUGCUGCUUUCUAACCGCUUGUUAUUUGCUGCAGGCCGUCCACCAACAUUCUUUGCAUCCCGUUCCGCCGGUCGCUUCACAUUUCGCUGUCGACGACGAUCCGGCAGUACAUCAACACCAAGUAUGACCAGCACCCGGACAUGUUCCAGUUUGAUCUCGAGGCGGUGGAUGCGCUGCGCCGAGACGCGGUCAAUGUGCGGGAGCCGCAUCUGAGCGGCAUCCGGAAGCUGCAGGUGUACGCGGGCCAGCUCGUGUGGAUUGGCGGCAAGUUUCCAAUCGAUAUUGGCGCCGAAUUCACCUGGUAUCCCGCGCUGGGCUACCACACCGAGCGGCCGAUGGCGCGCAACAACCUCAAGUACGAGCUCAUGAACGUCCUCUACAAUCUCGCCGCCCUGUAUUCCCAGCUGGCCCUCAACACUCCCCGAGGAGACACCGAAGGUCUGAAAUCGGCAGCCAAUUACUUCUCCCUCGCCGCCGGCGUCCUCUCCCACGUUCAGAAAUCGGUGCUUCCCGAGCUGCGCAUGUCCGACCCGCCCGACGACAUGGACAACAAUACCCUCGAAUCCCUAGUGCAGCUCUUUUUGGCGCAGAGCCAGGAGUGUUUCUGGCAGAAGGCGGUCAUGGACGGCUACAAGGACGCUUCAAUCGCAAAGCUGGCUGCGAGGGUCUCUGACUUGUACAAUCUGGCAGCCGAGGCCGCGGUUCACAGUGAAGCCAUCAGCAGCGAGUGGAUCCAUCACAUGAACGCAAAGCAUCACCACUUUGCGGCAGCCGCCCAGUACCGCGCCGCGUGCGAUUGCCUAGAAAAGAGAAAGUACGGUGAGGAGAUUGCGCGUCUAAAGGACGCCGUCCUCUGCGCAAAUGAUGGGAUCAAAGAGGGCCGGGUGUCCUCAUUAAACAAGACUGUCAUGGAGGAUUUGCAGGCAUUGAAGCGAAAGCUGGAGGAGGAUUUGAAGAGGGCCGAAAAGGACAACGACUUAAUCUUCCUUAAUCCUGUCCCUCCGAAAGCUGAAUUGAAAAUCCUCGAGAGAGCCAACAUGGCCACUGCCAGAACGCCUCCUCAGGUGGCCAACCCCCUCGACUACCUCGGGGAUCACGCAGAGCUUGGGCCGGCGCUCUUUUCAAAACUGGUUCCGUUCUCGGUUCAUGUGGCUAUAUCCAUCUACGAGGAGCGCAGGGAUCGGACGGUGAACCAAAACAUCAUCCAGGAACUGGAGAAUUUGACUGAAAAGAUCCACACGCUUCUCAGCUCCAUUGGCUUACCCGGAUCUCUGCAAGCGUUGGAAAAGCCGCUUGGUCUACCGCCGAGCUUGAUUCAGCACGCAGAGGAAAUUCGACAAUCCGACGCCAUCAACAAGAUUCAAAGGAGUUUUGCCGACAUUGACAAGCUGCGGUCCAACGACUGGGCGAUUUUUGAAGAAGGUAAAGCAGCGCUAGCCGCUGAAAAGGACGAGGACGAACAGCUGCGGAGGAAAUACGGCACCAGCAGAUGGCGACGACCAGAAAGCCAGGCUGACCCCAACGGUUCCAAGUUCUGGGCGGCAAUCGGCGAGAUCGAAGGCUAUUUCCAGAAUAGCUCAAUUAGCGAUGAUGCCGUUCGGGAAAAGUUCAUGACGAACAAGGACUUGUUGGAAGUUCUGUCGGGGUCGAACCAGUCUCUAAUGAACUACGUGCCUGCGAGUGCCCCCGUCGAAACGUCGGGUGAUUUGAAAGCUUCCGUUGGGCGAUUGCGAAGUGUGUACAAUGAUAUCCUGCGGCUGGAGAGUAGGAGGAGGAAAAAGGUCGAAAGCUUGAGGGAGGCGGCACGGCGUGACGACAUUAAACCUGAUAUUCUCAAGGAAGCGGCUCGCCUAGAACGGACGUAUACUACGACGCCCUUGCAGACGGUUCAUUUUGAAGAGUUUUUCGAAAAGCGAUUGGAUAAGCUGUACGAGCCCGAACUUGAAGCCAUUGAAAAAGAAGCCCAAGAGCAAGAAAAUCUCUUGACGCUUCUUCAGCGCGCAAACAGGGAGUUUGAGUCUCAGAAACGCCUCAUUGAUGGCAAGGGUCAUCGAGAUCGCGAACAGGUGCUGCAGAAGCUCAACGGCGCGUAUUUCAAGUACAAGGAGAUUGGGACCAACUUGGAGGUGGGAAGGAAAUUCUACAAUGACCUCAACAAGAUAGUUGCAAAUGGCUUCCGAGAUGCUGUCAAAGCCUGGGCGGCGGAGCGACGGAUUGAGGCGAGGCGUCUGGAAGAGGAACUCAAUAUGCCUCCCCUUUCGAAUCUCAACAUCACCCACCAGCAGGCAGCUCAGGCUCCAUCCGGAUUCGUAGCCCAUCCCGUUGCCCACCAACUAGCCGAACACGACCAAUACCAGCCAUCAUACCAGCAGUCAUAUCAACCAUCGUACCAGCAGCCACCACCACAGCCGCAGCAUUAUCAACAGCCACAGCAACAGCCCUUAUUUUCAAGGCCCGCCGUUCAGAGUCCCGCAGAGGCUUCGAUACAAUCUUGGGCUGGCCAAACACAGCAGCAGCCAGUGCAGCCACAGGUGCAGCCACAGCCUGGGCAGACACCAAGCCCGAUGCCUGGAACGUGGAACCCCUCAAUGGGCAUCAAAUUUGGAGGGCCACCAGCGGGAGGGUCACAGGGUAGCGGAGGGACAUGGAGCGCCAAUUCAGGCAUUAGAUUUGGUUGAUUGGCGUAUGAUGGAAUGCCGCAAUGCCUGACAUAAUGGAGUCUACUAUAUACCUACAAUCUAUACACGUGUACAUAUAUAAUGUGGACAUAUUUUACGACGUUGGCAUAUUCAAGUUCCUGGGAUAUAUUAGAUGCAUAUGCACACUUGUUGGAAUGAAUACGUGAGUGAGCGAUAUGAAUUAUCACUCUAGGGAGUACUAUACACCAACCGCUUGUCCCUGCUGGUUGCAUAAACCGAAGCUUACUUGUAGCAUGAAACAGUAUCUUUAAGAUCUAUUGGCCUCAUGCUCCUUCUCGGCCGACGAUUGUAAGACUUCCGGGGAAAGUUGUGGCGCCAUAAGUUAGAAAACAUAUGAGACAGUUACGGGUUCGU